CAUUGAUGUGUCGUAUUAACCAAUAAUAUUUCGCAUUAAUUCCGCAUCGCUCGUUGAAAUAUUAUGUGAUUAUACAAAUUUAAAUAUCAAGUUGGCUAUCGUUAUAUAACGGCUGACUAUGCGAGAUGCAGCUCUAAUGCGUUCAUCUGAAUAUUUCCGAAUAUGGUUCCGUGAUUUGCCAACUAUGUAGAUGGAGCUGGAGCUGGACAAUAGAUUGAAUAAUUUUAUGCCCAGCCGACAGUGAGGGAGAGCAUCUUAUAAAAACCUUUGCUAGAGAUCUGUUGAGGCAUCAGUUCAGCUCAAGCUGCUCGAGCAGAAGUUUAGUUUACCAAAAUGAAACGGUUCAGCUUUCUAGUGUGCUUGUCUUGCGUGGCGCUCGUCGUCGCUGCUCCACAAGGCUACAAAUAUCAGCAAAAUACGCCGAUUCUGCCAGUUGGCAAUCUGCGUCCGCAGACGCCGCUUUCUACCAGUGGAAUAUACAGUGUGUCUGGACAGCAGUCCCUCUCGCAACCCAUCUCACCUGUGCUUAAUAAUGUGAUUCAGGCCCCUCAGCCGGUAUCCCAGCCGCAGGUCUUCCAGCAGUCGCAGCAGCAACAGUUUGUGCCCUCCAUUCCUGUUCAGCCUCAGCAGCAGCAGCAGCAGCAGCAACAGCAACAGCAGUUUGUGCAGAACUAUCAGCAGCAGCAGGUCCUGAAUCCGCCACAGCCACAGAUUGUGUCUCCACCCCAGAUUGUUUCUCAGCCCCAACAGCAGUUCGUGCAGUCGCAGUACGUGCAGCGUCCCUCGAUCGUGACAAAAGACAUCUACAUUCACUCAGCUCCCGAUGACACUGAGGAGCUGCAGUCAUCUCCGCAAUUGGAUAACACGCCCAUUCGCAAGAAUUACCGCAUUGUUUUCAUCAAGGCACCCACACAGAAUCUGAAGCACACGGCUGCAGUCUUGAAGCGCGCCCAGGCCAGCAACGAGGAGAAGACCGUCAUCUAUGUGCUGUCCAAGAAGCCCGAUAUCAAUGAGAUCCACCAGCAUCUGCAGCUGGCCCAAACCGAGCCAAAGGUACACAAACCAGAGGUUUACUUCAUCAAGUACAAGACCUCCGAGGAGGCUCAGCGGGCCCAGCAGGAAAUUCAAGCGCAAUACGACGCUUUGGGCGGUGCCACACACAUUUCCGAUGAGGGUGUGGCCCCCAUCACCAGCUUCUCGGGCACUGGCUCCCUCAACCUGGGCAACAUUGUCCCCCAGUCCAUCCAGCAGCAGCGCCAGCAACUUCAUCAUACGCAGACCCAGACAAUUGUCCAAAACAGUCAGGGAAUCCUAAGCCAAAGCAUCCAGCAGCCGAACUCAUUUGUGCCAUCGAUCGGCGGGGGUAACAUUGGACUCCAGGGCGGUCUACAGACCCCCUCGGUGUCAACGAACUUUGGCGUCAACGUGCCAUCCAAGCGCUACAUCCCAGCCAAAACUAAAUAAGCAGCCCCAACGCAUUUCAUGUAUUCAGCUUAAAGAAUCCCUCGAUUGUAGUUUAUUCUAAUUUAUUGUCAAUUCAAUAUUCACAUCAAAA